CAUGAUUAACUGAAAAUAGUGGUAGUCAAACAUGACCGCGUUUCAGCUUGCUGGAAAUGCGUCGAGCGAGCUGGUCUAUGAAAAUUGAAAACACUGCUUAUUUUGUUCUUAACUAACGUAACUUAGUUUCUUUCACUAGUUCUGGCUGGUGCUGGAUCCAUUUUUCAGAAGAAGGUGAGGCAAGAUGAUGGAUGGGAAUUUAAGCAGGAGCAUUAGCAGGAGCUUGAGCAGGUCAAGCUGGAGAAUGGAGGAAGUGUUUGCGAGUGGAAGAUACUCUCGCAGGUCUUCUAAUGUUGAUGAAGAUGAAGAAGCUCUCAAAUGGGCUGCCAUUGAGAAACUACCCACCUAUGACAGGCUUAGAACGAGUAUCAUCCAAACCAUUGCUGAGGGUGGUGAUCUGCCUCAAGGUGGUGGUGGAGGAAACAGGAUGCAGCACAAGGAAGUUGAUGUCACAAAGCUUGAUAUGAAUGAUAGGCAACAGAUCAUUGACCAAAUCUUCAAGGUUGCUGAAGAAGAUAAUGAAAAGUUUCUCAGAAAGUUUAGAAACAGAACUGACAAAGUUGGGAUCAGACUUCCAACUGUGGAAGUGAGGUUCAAGAAUUUGACUAUUGAGGCUGAUUCCUAUGUUGGCGGCAGAGCUUUGCCAACACUACCAAACUCCGCAUUGAACAUUGUAGAAUCACUUCUCGGCGCCUGUGGGAUUAGUACUACGAAGAGAACAAAGCUCACAGUUCUUAAGAAUGUCUCUGGCAUUGUAAAACCUGGGAGGAUGGCCCUUUUGCUAGGUCCACCUUCUUCAGGGAAAACGACACUUUUGUUAGCAUUGGCUGGAAAAUUGGAUCAUGAAUUGAGGGUAACAGGAGAAAUCACUUAUAAUGGGCACAAGCUUAAUGAAUUUGUUCCAAGAAAGACUGCAGCAUACAUCAGCCAAAACGAUGUUCAUGUUGGAGAAAUGACUGUGAAAGAAACCCUGGAUUUCUCAGCUAGAUGCCAAGGGGUUGGGACUAGAUAUGAUUUGCUGAGUGAGCUUGGUAGAAGGGAAAAGGAAGCUGGUAUAUUCCCUGAGGCAGAACUUGACCUUUUCAUGAAGGCUACUGCACUGAAAGGAACAGAAAGCAGUCUCAUUACUGACUAUACUCUUAAAAUAUUGGGGCUUGAUAUUUGCAAGGACACCAUAGUGGGAGAUGAAAUGCACAGAGGUGUAUCUGGUGGCCAAAAGAAGCGUGUGACCACAGGAGAGAUGAUCGUGGGGCCCACAAAGACAUUGUUUAUGGAUGAGAUAUCAACGGGUCUUGAUAGUUCCACAACAUUUCAAAUUGUGAAAUGCUUGCAGCAGAUUGUGCACCUCACUGAAGGAACCAUCUUGAUGUCCCUUCUCCAACCGGCUCCUGAGACAUUUAAUCUCUUUGAUGACAUCGUUCUCAUAUCCGAGGGCCAAGUCGUUUACCAGGGCCCACGUGAGCACAUUGUCGAAUUCUUUGAAUCUUGUGGCUUCCGCUGCCCUGAAAGAAAGGGAACCGCUGAUUUCUUACAAGAGGUUACUUCAAGGAAGGAUCAAGAACAAUACUGGGCAGACAAGAACAAACCAUACCGUUACGUUCCAGUGUCAGAAUUUGCAAACAGGUUCAAGCGAUUCCACGUUGGUGUUCAGCUUGAGAACGAGUUAUCUGUCCCAUUUGACAAGUCAAAUGCACACAAAGCAUCACUAGUUUACACCAAAAACUCUGUGCCCACAAAGGAUCUUCUCAAAGCAUGUUGGGACAAGGAGUGGCUUCUGAUCCAGAGGAACUCUUUUGUCUACAUUUUCAAGACGGUGCAAAUCUGCAUCAUCGCCUUGAUCUCCGCGACGCUGUUCUUGAGGACUGAGAUGAAACAGGAUAAUGAAGGGAAUGCCUCACUCUACGUUGGUGCACUCUUGUUCAGCACUUGCAUGAACAUGUUCAAUGGUUUUGCUGAGCUUGCACUCACCAUUCAGAGGCUUCCUGUGUUUUACAAACACAGGGAUCACCUUUUCCACCCUGCUUGGACUUACACGCUUCCUAACUUCCUGUUGAAGAUCCCCAUUUCUGUGUUUGAGUCUCUUGUUUGGGUGCUUGUUACCUACUACACAAUAGGAUUUGCACCUGAAGCUAGCAGGUUCUUCAAGCAACUGUUGGUGGUGUUUCUUAUCCAACAAAUGGCAGCUGGGAUGUUUAGGGUCAUUUCUGGAGUUUGCAGGACAAUGAUCAUUGCUAAUACUGGAGGAGCACUCAUGCUUCUUCUCGUUUUUCUACUAGGAGGUUUCCUCCUUCCCAAACGUGAAAUUCCUGACUGGUGGGUGUGGGCCUACUGGGUUUCACCAUUGUCAUAUGCUUUCAAUGCCUUGACUGUGAAUGAAAUGUUAGCUCCAAGAUGGAUGCAUCCACAGAGCUCUUCAGAUAAAACUACCACAUUGGGUCUGAAAGUAUUGUCGAACUUCGAUGUUUAUGAUUCAAAGGGAUGGUUCUGGAUAGGUUCCGCAGCUCUUGUGGGUUGGAUCAUUUUGUACAACGUUCUCUUCACCCUUGCGCUUAUGUACCUUAAUCCUCUUGAAAAGAAACAAGCAAUUAUAUCUGAAGAAGAUGCAAGUGAAAUGGAGCUUGAAGGAGACACCAAUGAACAACCAAGACUAGUAAGGCCUCAGUCCAAGAGAGAGUCAGUACUCCGAUCACUAUCUACUGCUGAUGGAAACAAUUCAAGAGAAGUAGCAAUGCAGAGAAUGAGUAGCCAAGCUAAUAAUGGAUCAGGCGCUGAAGGUGCCCCAAGAAGAGGAAUGGUUCUCCCUUUUCAACCACUUGCAAUGUCCUUUGACUCUGUUAAUUACUUCGUGGACAUGCCUGCAGAAAUGAAAGCCCAAGGGGUGGCAGAAGAUAGGCUACAACUUCUUAGGGAAGUGACCAGUUCCUUUAGGCCUGGAGUUCUUACUGCACUGAUGGGAGUUAGUGGAGCUGGGAAGACAACACUAAUGGACGUUUUAGCUGGAAGGAAGACCGGUGGCUACAUUGAAGGAGAUGUUAGAAUCUCUGGGUUCCCUAAGAACCAAGAAACCUUUGCAAGAGUUUCUGGUUAUUGUGAACAAACUGAUAUUCACUCACCCCAAGUUACUAUCAGAGAAUCAUUGCUUUACUCUGCAUUCCUUAGGUUACCAAAAGAAGUCAGUAGUGAGGAAAAGAUACAAUUUGUGGAUCAAGUGAUGGAUUUGGUAGAGCUUGGGAAUCUCAAGGAUGCCAUUGUGGGGCUUCCAGGAGUUACAGGGUUGUCAACCGAACAGAGAAAGAGGCUGACAAUCGCUGUUGAGCUUGUUGCUAAUCCUUCAAUCAUUUUCAUGGAUGAACCAACUUCAGGUCUAGAUGCUAGAGCAGCAGCUAUUGUUAUGAGGGCUGUCAGAAACACUGUGGACACUGGAAGAACCGUUGUUUGCACAAUUCACCAGCCUAGCAUUGAUAUCUUUGAAGCCUUCGAUGAGCUCGUGUUGAUGAAAAGAGGAGGGCAACUGAUCUACGCCGGACCUUUAGGUCGGAAUUCACACAAGAUUGUAGAAUACUUUGAGGAAAUUCCAGGGGUACCAAAAAUCAAGGAGAUGUACAACCCAGCAACAUGGAUGCUUGAAGUCAGUUCUGUCGCUGCUGAAGUCCGGCUUGGAAUGGACUUUGCUGAGUACUACAAAACAUCAGCUUUGGCUCAGCGAAACAAAGCUCUUGUGAAGGAGUUAAGUGUGCCCCCGCCAGGAGCCAAUGAUUUGUACUUUCCCACUAAGUACUCCCAAUCCACAUUGGGGCAGUUUAAAUCAUGUCUGUGGAAGCAGUGGCUGACGUACUGGAGGAGUCCUGAUUAUAACCUAGUCAGGUUUUCUUUCACCUUGCUAGCUGCCGUCAUGAUAGGUUCGGUUUUCUGGAAAAUUGGCAAAAACAGGGAGAGCUCAACUGACUUGAACAUGGUCAUAGGAGCAUUGUAUGCUGCUGUUAUUUUUAUUGGAAUUAACAACUGCCAAACGGUUCAACCAGUUGUGGCCAUUGAAAGAACUGUAUUCUAUAGAGAAAGGGCUGCUGGAAUGUAUGGUCCUCUGCCUUAUGCUAUAGCACAGGUUUUCACCGAAAUACCAUAUGUGUUUGCCCAAACUGUGUUUUACUCACUCAUUGUGUAUGCUAUGGUGAGCUUCGAGUGGAAAGUGGAGAAGUUCUUCUGGUUCUUCUUUGUCAGCUUCUUCUCCUUCCUGUACUUCACAUAUUACGGUAUGAUGACCGUGUCCAUCACACCAAAUCACCAAGUGGCAUCAAUCUUCGCAGCAGCGUUCUACGGACUCUUCAACCUCUUCUCUGGCUUCUUUAUUCCAAAACCUAAAAUUCCCGGAUGGUGGAUAUGGUACUACUGGAUCUGCCCGGUCGCAUGGACAGUGUAUGGAUUAAUCGUUUCCCAAUAUAGAGAUGUAACAGAUCCCAUCUUUGUGGCUGGAAGUACUCAGAAUUUCACUGUCAAGGAAUAUAUUGAAGACCAUUAUGGGUUUAAAUCUGACUUCAUGGGUCCAGUUGCUGCAGUUUUGGUCCUUUUCACUUGCUUCUUUGCCUUUGUAUUUGCCGUAUGCAUCAAGGUACUGAACUUCCAAUCCAGAUAAAUGAGCUAGCUGCGUUGUUGGAAGAAAUCGAGUCGUUAAAUUCUUGCAAAUUUUCAGUUGUCUAAGGGACACACACGAGUAUGUAUAUAAUUGAGCCUGUAGCGAUUUAUGCGGCAGCAUCUUUUAUGUUACUUGGUAGGAUGACGACGAUAGUUUUGGUUUUGUUAGCAGAAGGUUGUUUUGUAACUGUAAAUCCAGUGGAUCAUGCUAUUGUUAGUUUGGUUUGCUACCUGAAAGAACUUUGGUGUUCCAUUUCGUCAGUUCUUGUAACAUAUUACCACGAAUUCAAAUUUAUUCAUCUAUCCUAAGGAGGGUUAAUGGAGACUCUCAUUCUUUUGUUUAA